UGCAACCCCCGCCUGUCGCGACCUUGCGACCGGCGCCUAUAUAAAAUGUGCCAGUCCACUGGCAGGCAUCAGCGGCUCUCCGGCACAGCACCACCACUCACCAGCUAUCAACCAUGGCUCUCUUCAAGGUGUGCGUCCUCCUAGUGGUGGCGUUGACGGCUAGUGCGACUGCCGGACUUGUCGGCUAUGGUGGUUAUGGUGGAUAUGGAGGCUACGGUGACCAUGGGGGCUAUGGGGGCUAUGGAGGCUAUGGCGGCUACGGUGGCUACGCCGGUUUGGGACACGGAGUCGCCGUCGCAGCGCCUGCAGUCGCCGUCGCCGCUCCAGUCAAAGUUGUCGAUUACUACGCGUACCCGAAGUACGCGUUCAGCUAUGGCGUGCACGACGCGCACACCGGCGACAUCAAGCAGCAGUCCGAGCACCGUGACGGCGACGUGGUGAAGGGCAGCUACUCGCUGGUCGAGCCCGACGGCUCCACCCGUAUCGUCGAGUACGCCGCGGACGACCACAACGGCUUCAACGCGGUCGUCAAGAAGAUCGGCCCGUCCCUGCACCCGGCGCCCGUCGCUCACCACGGAUACCACCACUGAGGACUGACUCUCGCCACCCGCCACUCAGCAUCGCUCACUGCGCCUCUGACUGUACAUUAAUGUAUUGGCAAUAAAGCCUAUUCACCUUCGA